AAAACAUUCAUAGACGUGCAAAUUCUUGUCUUAAUGUAUUGAUAAUUAGGUAAAGAAUUUGUGUUCUGAUGUUCUUUUAGAUUUUUUUAUCAAUGUAGACAUGGAGAAGUGUCUGAAUGGGUACAGUUUUAACUAGUCUUAACCUAAAACAAGGAACUUGAAUGUUGUUUAAUGUCACAUCUUUCCAGAUGGAACUGAGCCACCUGCAAUUGAACUGGUUAAAAGUAUAGCUCUCAUGUAAAGUAGGUCAGCCCCUUUUCCCAUUUUUCACUUUCUGGCUCACUGGAUUGCCAUUUGUCAUGUAAGAUCUGUGUCCAAUCCUUGAUUUAUAUGUGAGCUCUAGUGUACUCCCUGUGCAUGAAAUUGGCUUUGUCUCUUAAUCAAGGGCAAUGUGUCCAUGAUCUAGAGUAGAUUUUGAGGAAAAAAGAUAUUGGGAAGUGAGUGAGUAAUCAUCCAUUUUCUAAUUCAGGAUGUUCUUAGUGCUCUUCUUCAUCUGUUUACAGUGGACUCCAUGUCUGUUUCAGCCCACCACAAGAACCUAUGAUUUCAAGGUACAAUUGAAGAAUGUUACGAAGCUCUGCAACUCCACCACCAUUGUUACAGUCAAUGGAAUGUUUCCAGGGCCAACAAUCUAUGCACAAGAAGGGGAUACAAUCAUAGUGAAGGUCACAAACCAAGUGGCCUACAAUAUCACACUACAUUGGCAUGGAGUGAAGCAGAUGCUGAGCUGCUGGGCUGAUGGACCAAGGUUCAUCACCCAGUGCCCAAUUCAGACAGGCCAGAGUUACACUUACAAGUUCAUUCUCACAGGACAGAGAGGAACACUUUGGUGGCAUGCCCACAUAGAAUGGUUAAGAGCUACUGUAAAUGGAGCUAUGAUUAUCUACCCACCUACAGGAGUUCCAUACCCAUUUGUGUUUCCUGCAGAAGAGCAUGUGCUUGUACUAGGAGAAUGGUGGGGUUCUAAUGUUGCCACUUUAGAAAAGAGCGCCAAUGCUUCUGGUGGAGGUCCUCCCCUUUCUGAUGCCUACCUCAUUAAUGGGCACCCUGGACCAACCCACAACUGUUCUGGUCAAGAUGUGUGGACAAUGCCAGUUGUGAAGGGCAAAACAUACUUAAUGAGGGUGAUCAAUGCUGCCCUCAACAUUGAACACUUUUUUGGUGUUGCCAAGCAUAAGAUGACAGUGGUAGCAGUGGAUGCAGAGUACACAAAGCCAUACACAGUGGACAACAUAAUAAUAGCCCCUGGACAGACAUGUGACAUCCUCCUUGAAGCACAUAGAGGUCCAUCCAGAGACUACUACAUAGGAAUAAGUCCUUACAUGUCUGCCAAGGUACCUGUCAAUAAAAAAAAGAGUUAUUCUGUCUUGAGAUACCAUAGAAAUUCUUCUUCAUUAUCAUCUUCUCCUCCUGUUAUCAAAGCAAAACUCCCCAGACUAAAUGAUUCUGCUGCUGUCCUCAAUAAAAUGGCAUUCAUGAAAAGCUUGAAUUCCCAGUUAUAUCCAGCAAAUGUUCCACAGAAGGUGGACAGGAACCUCUACUUUGCAAUAGAGUUGAACCAAGAAGCUUGCCAGAAAGGACAGACCUGCAAGGCCCCCAACAAUACAAGAUUCCAAGCUUCCAUCAACAAUAUUACAUUCCAAGUUCCUAAAAUCUCUCUCUUACAGGCUUACUUCAACAAUAUCAAGGGGGUGUAUACCACAGACUUCCCAGACAACCCACCUAAUCCAUUUAACUACACAGGCAAUUCUCUUCAGAACUUGCAGUCUCAAUUUGGCACAAAAGUGUCAGUCCUGAAAUACAAUGAGUCAGUUCAAAUUAUACUGCAAGGGACCAACCUUACAUCUGCAGAAAACCAUCCUAUUCAUCUGCAUGGUCAUAACUUCUAUGUAGUUGGGUAUGGAACAGGGAACUAUCCUGGACCUUCCAACUUCAAUUUGGUGGAUCCACCAUCAAGGAAUACCAUUGGAGUGCCUGCCAAUGGGUGGGUAGCGAUAAGAUUUAUUGCAGAUAAUCCAGGAGUGUGGUAUCUGCAUUGUCAUCUUGAAAUUCAUUUGACAUGGGGUCUUUCUAUGGCAUUCUUAACCUUGAAUGGAAAUGGUGUCAACCAGACCCUUCCUCCUCCUCCACCAGGAUACCCCAAAUGCUAGUCUGAAUCAAACCCAAGUCAUAAAUAUUUCAUAAUGAUCAAUUGCCACGUCUUUAUCAAAUUCAAGCAAAACCAAAAAUAUUGCAUUUCUUGUUCUAAGAGUUAAAGCUCCUUUAUGUCCCGCAUUUAACCAGGUCGAUUUCUUCCAAGACAAUUAAUAAUAAUAUCAAUCAUUAGUGUGCAAAGUUGAUGCCAGGCAUUCAGCUUGUUGAAUGCCACUCAAGCAAAUAAAGUUUAUUUGAUUUUUUUC